UCCAGCACUGUUUAAAUCUGCUCUCAGCCUGUUUGCACAGCUCACUUCAGCCCUGCAAUGCAGAAUACAGAUCUGCAGAAGGAGAAAUCUAGAGCAAUUCAUGCAAAAAGGCUUUAAAAAUGUGGUGGUGUUGCUGAAGAAAAGCUGUCUGGAGGGUGUUAACGUGGCAUCAGUAAGCUGGAAGCUCUUCUGUUUGCCCAUGCCCUGAGGGAAAAGACUUUGAGAAGAUGGAAAACCAGAGGGGAGUGCUCUUGGGAUAUGUCCGCUGGGAAGGAGAAGAGGAAGGGGAUGAGGAGGAUCAGGUGGCUUCUUGUGUUUCUCCUUCCAGCCAAACGAGUAGACUGCAAGAUGUGGAGGUGGAGAUGCUUGAGAAGGCAAGGGAGCUCUUCCAGCUGUGUGACAAGGAUGAGAAGGGUUUUAUCACUAAGGUGGACAUGCAGCGGCUCCAGAGUGAACUGCCCCUAACCCUUCAGCAGCUGGAGACUGUUUUUGACAGCUUGGAACAGAACAAUAAGGGAUACCUGACACCUGUGGAGUUCAGCAUGGGACUAGGGAAGUUAAUAGGGAUUGAAUUGUGUCAAGGGGCUGGGAGAAUGGAUCACUCCAGGCACGAGGAGACCUUUGAGUCAGGCUGGUCAGAUGACUUGGACCCAGCAGAUGACGAUGAAGAGAAACGAUUCUGUUCCAUGAUGGAGCAGCUUGGAGCAGCCCAGUUGUUUGAAGAUCCACAUGAGAUUCGGGAGCUCUGGGCUCGGCUACGAAAGGAGCGUCCAGAGCUCUUAUCCAAUUUUGAAGAAUUUCUAUUGCGAGUUUCAUCAUACAUAAAGGAGGUGAAUCAUGAGAAGGAGUCCAUGGAACAGGCACUGAAGCGGAAGGAGUCAGACCAUGACCGAGAAGUAAGGUGCCUUUAUGAAGAAAUGGAACAACAGAUCAAAGCAGAAAGGGAGAGGCUGGUCUGCCAGGAAGCACUGAGACAUGACAGGAGUAACCUGCUCCAAAAGGAACUACACAACAAAGAACAGGAGCUGGAGAAAAUCCUCUACCGCCAGAAGAAGCUGGAACAUCAGCUGCAGUCACUGAACUCAGAGCAGCUGGAGACCCGGGUGCAGAAUGAAAGGCUCCGGCACCUGAAUGAAAACCUGCUGGAAGAGCUGGAGAAAAGCAAAUGGGAGCUGGAGGCGGUGAAGGGGCAAUUACAGAAGCUUCAGAAAGAGGCUCAGCUUGAGCAAGAGCAGAAGGACAGGGAUGUGUUUAGAGUCUCCAAGAACAUGCAGAAAGAGAAACAAAGCCUCCUUCGCCAGCUGGAGCUCCUCAGAGAGAUGAACAAGAAACUUCGAGAUGAGCGAGACGCUUUUGAAGCCAAGAAGCUGGUGCCUCAGAACAAAAAGCCCCUGUUGAAGAAAGGCUCAGUGCUAGGCAGUUACCUGCUGGACGACAAGCCAGUCAAACGACAACUGGCCUCUGCGGACCUUCCCUUCACCUUCCCAGCGGAUGUGGCAGUGGAAGAACCCAACAGAAAGAACUGUAAAUACUUCCCAGGCAACGGGACAUGGAUGAAGACAGGAGAAGGCACAAACUUUGGAGACAACCCUAGAGACAAGGAGAGAUGGCCCUUGGCAGCAGAUACUGAGUGGUUUAAGAUGACUUUGAAGGGUGACACUGACUGCAGAAAAAAAGCAGAUGGCUUAGAUGCUGCUCCGCUGCCUCCUAGAGCACAGCCUGUUGGCACUGAAACCAGGCUCCAGGCACUGGAACCAGCCAGCUGUUCCCCAGAUCGCAUCUUUAAAGUGGUGUUUGUAGGGAACUCUGGUGUUGGGAAGAGUUCCUUCAUCCACCGCUUCUGCUAUGACAGGUUCUUGGCUGAGCUCAAUGCAACCAUUGGUAUUGAUUACCAGGUGAAGAGUCUAAUGGUGGAUAACACCCAGGUUGCCUUGCAGCUGUGGGAUACAGCUGGACAAGAAAGGUUUCGGAGUAUUACCAAGCAGUAUUUCCGGAAGGCAGAUGGGAUUCUGGUGAUGUACGACAUGACGGCCGAGUGCUCCUUCAUGGCCGUGCGGAACUGGAUGAGCAGCAUCCAGGAAGGUAUCGAGGAUGGAGCUGUGGUCUUUCUGCUUGGAAAUAAAAUGGAUGCUGUGCAGAGAGAGACCCGAAAUGUGCCCAAGGUGGAGGGGGAAAGGCUGGCAAAGGUUACUGACAGCACAAGAAGACAGGCAGAGGGAGAAUGCCCUGCAGCUGGAAGAUAUCGGCAGGAGGAAAGGGUGCUGCACAUAAGGCACAUCAAUGUGUCAGCAAGAGGCAUGUGCCAGCACUGUAUCAUGAAGCUGGGGGUUCCUUUCAAGCAAGCUGAAUCCGAUGGUAUCAGCUCUCCAGAGAUUUGGGGAAGCUGAAGCUUUUCCCAGUCUGUGAAUUUUGAGGCACUAAAUCAGGCCAAAAUGUGCAUAUUAUCUGCACUGUUUCAUUUCCCAACUCUGCAUGCAGCCCUGGUCUCUGGAGGCCUCUGCUUCUUUGGGGGAAUUUGGCUGGUCUUUGCUAAUAGGACAAAGUGGGCCUUCUGUCCUGUUUGCUUCCCUGUAAAGGGAUGAAGUCUUGUUCCUUUUCUCUCUGGUAAAGAACUGGCCUAGCAGCAGAGAGUGGAGGACACAAUGGUUGCUGUCUUAAGUAGAAUUUUAGUGUAAGAGAUAGAGCUAGCCCAAAUUUAAGUUUCUUUAAG